UCGAAGGAUGGCGGUUUUUCCUCGCGCUUGUUAAUGUUUUGUACUUACAAGUAAAUCGAAAUCUCUGUUUUACUACGGAAUUGCAACGAUAGUUAAGUAGCCUGCGCAGAAAUAUGACUUCGGGGACACUUCGAAGUUACAGAAUUCGUGUCGGCGAUGAGUUCCCCACUUUUGAGGAGGCGGAGAGGGCAGUCUACAAUCUGGCCCGCGCCGAAGGCAGCGCUUUCUGGAGAAGGGACAGCCGGACCGUACGAGCUGCGUCCAAAAGAGUGAAAACUCCGAUCAACCCACUGCUGAGAUUUUACCAGGUCACCUGGGCCUGCCUUAAAGGCGGGCGAAAGGACCGGGCCAAUUUACAUUCGAGAAUUUUUAGCAACUGCACAGCGAAGAUUAGGGUCAGCGCAAGUCGCGAUGGUCAGAAGCUGGUUGUGGUGAAAGCCGAUCUAGAGCACAAUCAUCUACCUGAUAUACCGGAUGCGCACAAGUCUCGAACUACAGCUCACUGUGACCAGGAAGGUUCAGAGCAGCAAAGCCUGUUUGGGCAGGAGCAGCACGGAGUGCUGAAGAGAAAACAGCAGGCCACGAGGAGAAGAGAGCAGCCGCCUAGCAGAGCUGAGCAGACUGAGAAGGGCCCGAUCCUUCCAGAGCAGAGUGUGAAACAGGUGGGGCUCUCUGAUAGCCCCAACCUGAAUGGGGUUGGGCUUUCUCCGAGUCCAACCUGGGACUAUAAUCUGGAUGGAAUGUUGACUGAGAUUAAGAAUGACACAGACAACAUCGUGGAGGUGCUAGUUGAUGAGGGCCGUGAGCUGAGUGGAAUAUAUUACCAAGACAAACUCAUGCAGAAACACUUUGAGCUCUUUCCUGAGCUCCUCCUGGUGGAUGCUACCUUCACCCUGGCCAGUCUGAGUAUGACAGUGUAUGUGCAGUUUGCUGUGGAUGGUAAUGGGGAGAGUGAGAUUGUCUCUGUGUUUGUGGUCAACGAGGAUGCAGAGACUGUUUCUGCCAUGCUGGACAUAUUCAAACACUACAACCCUGCAUGGGAAAGGACCCAGAGCAUUUUGACAGACCGGGGCUCCACAGAUAGGGAGGUCUACAAAUGCUGCUUACCCAGAGCCUGCAUUCAGUCCUGCCCCCUACACACUUUUCUGUCAAUGGAGCGGGAAAUUAACCCUGAGAGAAUGAAAGUGAAGCUGAAACAGAGACAACAUUGCCUGGAGCACAUGCGCAAGAUGUUGUACUCUAGUUCUGUGGAGGAGUACGAAGAAAAUGUGGAGAGUUUCUACCAGACUGGAGUCAAACCAGCUAUCAGUUACUUCAAUCGCAUGUGGAAUCCAGUGAGGGAGGACUGGGUGGUGGGUCUGAACGAAUCUUGCCUGUUUAAGCAGGGCUGCACAGAGUGGCUGGCGGCCGUGCAUUACAAACUCAGCCGGAUUGCCUGCAAUUUCUCUGACCUGAAGAGCUUCUUCCUCGAGCUGAAGCAGCUCAGCCAGACUCUUCGGCUUGGCCGUGAGAAGCACCUGGUCAAAGCCAUGCUGAACACUUUGUCCUUGUCCUCUUCCUCAGAACCCGUCACCGCCGAGGCGAAGUACUCAAAGAUGCUGACUCCCUACGCACACCAGCUGGUUCUGAAGCAGCUUUUGCAGAUAAGCAAUGAGGGAGUACCCGAUGUAGAGACAGAGGGAGGAGCAGCCGCUGUUCUCUCUGGCUGCGGGCCAGUUCGGGUCACGGCCACGACGUGCACCUGCCCGUUUGCCGCGCUCAACAGGUUGCCAUGCCGGCAUGUGUUUGCGUUCAGGGCAAAUCGUGGGCUGGAUCUGUUCUCAGAGGACGGGGUGGCAGCGAGGUGGUGUCUCAAACAUUACUGCAGGAAACUCCUGCAGGAGGAUAUGGAGGCACUUGAUCCAUCAAGCACUGAUCCGAAACAUGGCUUUACUGAGAGCUUGCUGCAGAGACUGGUAAGGCUGACUGCAGCGCCCUCUACUGAAGUCUAUGAAGAGCGCAUCGAAAUACUUGGGAAGCUGGCCAGCCUUUGGAAGCAAGGAAAGCAUGCUUCGGUUAUUGAGCUAGUUGAGGUCUCCAGACGUACCUCAGCAUGCUUGGCUGACAUUACGUCAUGGAUGACAGCCCACCACAUCCCAGGAAGCUGCCUGGGUGCUUGUGCAGUCUCUUGUGAUGUCAAAGCUAAACAACUGCAACUCGCUACUUGCUGGUAUUCAUAG